AUGGCGAUCCCGGGUAACGACUUCAUGAAGUCGCUAGAAGAUCUUUUCUCUGAAGCUGGCGCUAAGGGCCGUGACGCGAAAACCGAGUUUAUACACCUGCGUAGCAGCCUCAUUGGCUACAUCGCUACUACGAGCGGCCACGGUUUGACGACUGCCAGAGCCCGAGCGAAAUAUAGUCUCAAGUUCACUGAUGGGACUGAACCCGAGACGCACAUUGCCUUCUUCCCGUCGAGCCACGAUAUUACCGAGAAGCGCCCUCAGUUGGAGGCUGCAACCACUGCGGAGGAGUUUAUUAGCAUCAUUGGCACCGUCUUCAGUGAACAGAGGAGCCGAAGUCGCAAAAAGAAGAGAUCCAGUAGUAAAAGAUCCAAUGCCAGUCCCCCGGAAAGUCCUAUGAACAAUGCCCAGAAAUGCCUUGAGGCAGAGGCUGCGAACAAGGCUCUGCCAACACCUGAUGACAGCCCAAGAAAACGGAUCAAGCUAAACACAAGCAAGAAUAAGAGCGAUGUCUCCGAACCUGCAGUUUUCAGCACUGCACAUCAGUCAAAAGACAAGACUCCCACUCAGGUUCCCAGUCCUGAGGAUACGGUUGACAAUGACGGCACCAGCGUGCUGGGCCCUAUGGAUAUUGAUUCUGGCGCUACCUCGUCUCAAGGCAAGGUAGAAGAGGUGAACGGGGAACAGAACACAGUUGAGGGGCAAAAUAACCAUGACUCUGCUGCCCAAAGGCCUUUACAAGAUCGAGAUAAUACCCGCAUGAACGAUGCCAACACCGAGAGUUUACCAGCAUAUUGCAGGUCGGAUAUUCUCGAAGUUGUCACAGCUGUGGAGGGCAUUGAAGAGCACCAGUGGAAAGACUUCAAACCCAAGCUUCUCGAGAUGCUGGGUCAGAUGCACAAGGAGCCAACACUAGAACAACAUGAAAAGGCACUGAAGCGUCUAAGUAUAGCAAUUGCCCAGACGGAGCAAGAGAGGUCUCUUAUUCCCGUCGAAGCCUGGAAGAGGUACGAGGAAAAGCUUACAGAUGAAACGAAGAAGGGGUUGUUUGAUUGCUUGUGGUCUAGAAGGCUCUUCAAGGUCGGCAAGAUCAUUUACCUACCAGAGGAAGAGGUUGCCAUGGAGAGCCAGUGCUGGAAGCGCCUCAAGGCCGCAGCCCGUAUAUGUGCGAUCCUGAUCGAAAUGACUGCCAAACCAGAGGAACAGGACAACCAGAAGGAUACCGACAUGUGGCUUAUUGAGAAACUUGGAGAUAUCAGCUUUCUGGAGAAACUUUUUGCAUGCAAGGACCGACUUGGGGCGAUCAGGGGACCAGGGAGAGAUUGA